AUGGCGUCGUUCUCAAAGUUUAAGGAUAAUGAAGCUGACAUCGAGGUCACUUGGGAUGGCCCAGAUGAUCCGGCCUGUCCUAUGAAUUGGUGUUCUGGAAAGAAACUGAAAUGUUUGAUAUUAUAUGGUUCUUCUACCAUGUGUGCGACCUUUACAUCAUCUAUCUUCUCCUCAUCAGCUGGAUUCGUCGCGAGGGAUUAUCAUAUAUCAGAAGAAGUCGCCUUACUUGGACUUUCACUCUUCAUCCUUGGAUUCUCACUCGGACCGAUAUUCUUUGGACCCGUUUCGGAAGUUUAUGGAAGAAAGUUAGCGAUUGUACCUCCUCUUUUUAUCUUCAUCUGUUUCUCAGCGGCUACAGCUACAGCCCAAGAUCUUCAAACAAUUUUCAUCACUCGUUUCUUCGCUGGAGUGUUCGGUUCUGCGCCGGUUACCAUCGUCGGUGGCGGACUAGCAGAUAUUUAUAAUCAACGACAAAGAGGUUCUGCCAUUGUUGUGUAUUCACUUUGUAUCGUCGGAGGUCCCACAGUAGCUCCCAUCAUCGGUAUAGCCGUUUCUCAAGCGUUGUCAUGGAGAUGGACAGCCUAUAUUCCAGUCAUCCUCACAUCCAUCAUUACUUCCCUAGAUUUUUUCUUCCUCCCCGAAACUUCUCAUGCUAGUAUCUUGACGGAGAAGGCUAGACGGAUAAGGUUAAGGACGAAAAGAUGGGGUUUACAUUCUGCACACGAAGAGAAAGAUCUUUCUUUGAAGAACUUCUUUCAUAAGAUGUUAAUUAUCCCUUUGAAAAUGUGGAUAACAGUGAAAGGUCGGCUGGUCAGUAUGUUAACGAUCAGAUAUGGUGGUUUCGCAUAUGGUAUAUUAUACAUGCUUUUCGCUGCUGUACCCAUCAUUUACGGUCAACAAAGAGGAUGGAAACCAGUACCUACCACAUUACCAAUCUUAGGAGUUUUAAUAGGAACUUUAGUUGCAGCAGCGAUAAAUUGGAUUUACUCUGAAAAAUACUUUGCAAGAUAUCUCGAUACACACGGUGGGAAAGCACCACCUGAAAGAAGAUUACCACCAAUGAUGAUUGGUGCCGUUGCUUUUCCCAUAGGUUUCUUUUUGACCGGAUGGACGAGUCAAAGUUCUGUUCAUUGGUUUCCAUCGGUAUUGGGAUUAGGUUUUGUAGGUAUGAGUUUUUUGUUGAUUCUUCAAUCCGGUAUGAAUUAUUUGAUUGAUGCUUAUACUUCCCAUGCUGCUUCUGCUGUUGCCGCAUACACAUUCAGCAGAUCUAUUCUAGGUGCUGCUAUGCCUCUCAUAGCUUCUCCAUUACUGAACAAUCUCGGAACUCAAUGGGCGUGUACUUUAUUAGGAUGUUUGGCAAUAUUACUCGGUAUCACGCCAUUCCUCUUUUAUCGAUAUGGAAGUUAUCUCCGAUCCAUAAGUCGAUUCGCUCCUCAUAAAUCAUGA